ACCCAAAAAAAAAUAAAAAUUUCAUAAAAAUAAUCACUCUCAACUACUCCCUCAAUCCCCCUUACAUAUGAAUAUAUGAUGAUGCGCAGCACCAACUCAAUUGAUCCAUUCAUCAACCCAAGAAUCUAGAGAGAGAGAGAGAGAGAGAGAGAUGAAGCCAUCUUCCAUGUCCAUACUCUUCUUCUUCACCUCCCUCUGCAGCUUAUCAACCCUCACAAACUCUCAAACCGAUUCAUGCACCUCCAAUUUGAACCUAAACGGUGUCGCAUUUGACACCGCCAACCUCCACUGCCUCCCCGUCUGGACUCCUCGCAAUUUCGUUCUCCGAUACGGGCAGGCCUCGUCGGACACAUGGAGCUUCGUCCUCUCGGCUCCAGAUUCAAACUCGUACGUAGCGAUCGGGUUCUCAAGCAACGGUCAGAUGGUGGGAUCGAGCGCAAUCGUAGGGUGGAUAUCGAACGGAGCAGGAGCGAUGAAGCAGUACUAUCUAGGAGGCCAAUCGUCGAGUCUCGUACAGCCUGAUCAAGGCAACUUGAGCAUUCUUAGCAAUUCCACCAUAAUCGUGUCGCAGUCGUCGCGAAUUUACAUGGCCUUCCAAUUGAACACUAAUCAGCCGCAGACGCAAGUCCUCUACGCCGUCGGAACCACCGGGUCGUUGCCGGCUGCGCCGUCGUAUAUGUUGACCGAGCAUGGUGACAAGGUCUCCACCAGCCUCAAUUAUGCUACAGGUCAAGUGACCAGGACAGGAAGGCCGCAUUCGAGACUGAGAAGGAGCCAUGGAAUAUUAAACAUGCUUGGGUGGGGGAUUGCGAUGUUGAUUGGAGUCAUUGUGGCUCGCUACUUCAGAGAAUGGGAUCCCAUUUGGUUCUAUGUCCACGCCGGUGUUCAAGUCUCCGGAUUCAUAUUGGGCAUAAUUGGUGUAAUAUGUGGAUUUGCACUAGAAAACCGUCUCACCGGCGUUGAUGUCUCCACACACAAGAGUAUUGGGAUCUUUGUUCUUGUACUCGGCUGCCUCCAGGUGAUGGCAUUUUUUGCUCGACCGGACAAGUUAUCGAGAGUGAGGGUGUACUGGAAUUGGUACCACUACAGUUUGGGAAGGAUUCUAUUGGUAUUUGCAGUAGCAAAUGUGUUCUAUGGGAUUGAUUUGGGUGAAAAGGGAAGUGGAUGGAAUGUUGGUUAUGGAAUUGUUGUUGGGAUAUUAUUCUUGGUUGCACUGGUUCUAGAGAUAAGGUUGUGGAUGAGAAAAUAAAUUAAAGCUUUUGUAAUUUGUAGUUCAUGUACUCUUUGUAUUUGUUUGCAUUUUAUUUUUUUUGUAAUUCAUUAUUAUUAAUACUUUAUCUUUUGCCUACCAACAA